AUUUCACUCUCACAAGCCACAAACAAAAUGAAAAGUAGGAUUAGGAAAGAGAGAUAAGGAAAAGCAAAUCGGGUGAGUGUGUCGUGAGCCAACGAUUUCCAUUCUGUUGCUCUGCUGCACAGCUAGCUGGAUUCGGCCAUGGCGACGGUGCCUUCGUCUCUUUCCUGCACCCUCCGCACCUCCUUCCUCCUCUCCUCUCACCCUCCGGCUAAGCUCUCCUCCGUCCCCCUCCUCAAAUCCCGACGCCCCACUCCGCCCUCUUCCUACCCCCGCGUAAGAGCCCUCGAUCUCGACCAGAACACGCUCGUGGCCAUCUCCGUCGGAGUCGUCAGCGUUGCCGUGGGCAUCGGGAUUCCCGUGUUCUACGAGACCCAGAUCGACAAUGCUGGGCGGGCAAAUUACAUUCUUGUGUAUGCGCAGGCUAAGCGGGAGAACACGCAGCCGUGCUUCCCGUGCAAUGGCACCGGUGCGCAGACGUGUAGAUUGUGCACGGGCAAAGGCAGUGUAACUGUAGUGCUUGGCGGAGGUGAGACAGAGGUGUCGCAAUGUAUCAACUGCGAAGGUGCUGGCUCCUUGACUUGCACCACAUGUCAAGGCACUGGAAUCCAACCGCGCUAUCUCGACCGCAGGGAGUUCAAGGAUGAUGAUUGAAGCCUUUCCCUCUUGACUGAUGUCCUGAAUAGAGAGACUGAAUAUGUUUUUCAUGUGGGCCCAUGGGAUGUGAAGCAAACAUGGAAAGGGGUCCUCUACUAAAUAAGGAAUAUCAUAUUUUAGGAUCGUCUUAAAUCAUUCAUUUUUUGGCACGAAUGUAAAGAUACUGAGUUGGUGUUUCAGUAGAUAUUUAUUUGUUUUGUAUUGCUGCUUGAAUUUUAAUGACCUGUUCUGUGGUACAACCUUAAGACAUACUAAAUGAGUAAGCAAUGUAUUUGCAUA